GGCUACAAUAUUGGAAGAUGCAGAGGCUCGCCGCUUCUUGGUUCUGAGCGCUGCCUUUCUUUGUAGCAUGCAAAUCAGCGCCAUACUCGAAGAAUACAUCUACGUGUCACUGCCUGGUUUCGCCAACUAUUUUUGGACCGUGGCCAUGGUGGAGCUGGGAUUCUUCGCUGUGUCAUCAUUGGCAGUUCGAUGGAAGGAGCAUGGAAUGCAAGGCUUCUUUCUGAUGCAGAAGCCACAGGCGCCAUGGCAGCUAUACCUGAUUAUGGCGCUGUUGCUGGGCUUGUCACAGGGCCUGGGGAAGGUCACCUUCCGGUACUUGAACUAUGCCACAAAUACUGUUGUCAAGAGUGCCAAGCUGGUACCAACCCUGAUCAUUUCUGUGACUUGGCUCAGACGGAGCAUCUCAUGUGCUCAGUGGGUGGCUGCACUGCUGCUGGUGAUGUCCUCGGCCUUGAUGGCCCUUGGGGAACAGGCAGCGGCACCCAGCUUCAAUCCCACAGGCUUAGUUAUUGCCGCGGUGCAGCUGCUGUGCGCAGCAUUGCAAGGUAAUAUGCAGGAGAAAGCUUUGAAGGAUCAUGGAGCUUCCAUUACGGAGGCCAUGGCCUAUAGCAACGGUCUUGGAAUGGUUGUGGUGUUUGUAGCGAUGCAGGUGUCUGGAGAAGCAGCUCCUGCAUUUGAAUUCUUCAUGUCCUCUAAGUUUGCUUUGUCGCUAUUGCUGCUUCGAUCUGCGACUUUUUUCAUUGGAGCGGUUUCUCUGACGGCCAUCACGAAGGAGCACGGCACCGGUGCUGCCACAGCAGUUGGCACGGCACGAAAGUCCCUGACAGUGCUGCUAUCCUUCAUGAUUUUUCCGAAACCCUUCCAUGUGAAUUAUGUCCUUGGCACUCUUGCAUUUGUUCUGGCAGACAUCAUCUAUUUACAGGUCAGCUCAGCGCGACUAGCUAAAAAUAAGAUCGUCAGUCAGGCAGACGACGACAUAUUUCCAAGGGAGAAGAGCGUGAUCGGCAAAGAUGUCGGCAAAGAAUCUGUUUGAGCAGCUGUUGCAACUUGUGCAACCAACAAAGUUGGGAUUUGUGGCAUGUCUUGCACAAAGAAGUGGCUGCAAGGCAAUCUCAAUUCUUCCAUGGAAGAUUGGAGUUGCCAUUCUUCUCUUUGCAUUUUGCUGGAUGCUGAAAGCUGGCAUUCCCGGCGAUUUGCAGAAACCGCAAAGUGUGUGCGAUUGUGUGCGGUACCUAUCUUUUUGGACCAAGUAACAGGAAAUCGAACCUGGUUUCGGGGCAAGUUGCUUGUCUAGUGUACAGUGAGAUGCUGUGCAGCGUACCUGUGACAUCUUGUGACAUCCUUGGCAUGGCUUAAGCUUGCAAGCCAAGGUGUCUGGAUGACCAAGAUGCUCGGAAAAUCCUGUUGAACUCUCUGCAUGG